AUUGUCUUCACUGUAACCCUUUUCCCUUUGGCAAAAUCAUCAAGAUUCCUUGAAAAGCCACCCAAGCCACUCAUCGCCCAAAGACCGCCUUCUUUCUUCUAGGCCUGCUCAAUAUUGAGGGUGCACUACUUCUUCCUGGCCUCUAUUUCAAUAGUGGCAGAAAAAGAAAAUCAAAUCAUGGCUUCAGCCUCUACUUCAACCCAUGUAGGGAUUUAUGAUGUUUUCUUAAAUUUUAGGGGAGCAGACACCCGCUACCACUUCACUGAUCACCUCUACUCCGAACUGAGAAAGAAUGACGUACGCACCUUUAGAGAUGACGAAGAGCUUGAGAGAGGAGAUGUGAUUGCUCCAGGACUCCUCAAAGCUAUUGAGCAAUCACGGAUUUCUAUUGUGGUUUUCUCAGAAAACUAUGCCCAAUCUAGAUGGUGUUUGGACGAACUGGUCAAGAUCAUCGAGUGUAGGACAGAAAGGGAACAAAUAGUUCUGCCAGUUUUCUACCAUGUGGAUCCUUCCCAUGUGCGGAAGCAAAUGGGGAGUUAUGGAGAGGCAUUUGCAGAUCAUGAAAAGGAUGCUGAUCUGAAGAAAAGGGAGAAGAUACAGAAGUGGAGGACUGCCUUGACAGAAACAAGCAAUCUAUCUGGCUGGCGUCUGCUUGAUAAUCAGUAUGAGUCCGAUGUUAUUGACGACAUUACUAAUAACAUCAUUACAAGAUUGAAUCCUAAGAGUUUACAUGUCGGCGAAAACAUAGUUGGAAUGAGCAUUCGUUUGAAAAAACUUAGAUCUUUGAUAAACAUUGAUUUGAAUAAUGUUCUCGUGGUUGGGAUUUGUGGAAUUGGUGGAAUCGGUAAGACUACCAUCGCCAAAGCUCUUUAUAAUGUGAUCUCAUAUAAAUUUGAGGGUGUUUCAUUUCUUGCAAAUGUUAGGGAGAACUCCAAAGAUGAUGUUGGUCUACUUCGGUUACAACAACAACUCCUUGAUGACAUCCGAAAGAGAAAAAAUCAGCAAAUAAGUAAUGUUCACGAAGGAAUGGAUGCGAUAAAGAAAGUGCUCUCCUUAAAAAGAGUUCUUGUUGUUCUCGAUGACGUAGAUAAUUGCAAACAAGUAGAAAAUUUGGUGGGGAAGCGUGAUUGCUUUGUCCGUGGAAGUAGAAUCCUCAUAACAACUAGAGAUAGGCAUCCACUGGAUGCGUAUGGAGCGGAUAAACCAUAUCAUGAGAUUGAAGAACUAAAUUCUGAAGAAGCUCUUCAACUCUUCAGCCUGUAUGCCUUUAAACCAAAUUGUCACCAAGAAGAUUAUGAAGAUCUCUCGAACCAUAUAGUAAAGUAUGCUAAAGGCCUCCCAUUAGUUCUUCGAGUUUUGGGUUCUCACUUAUGUGAGAGGACACCAAAUCAAUGGAAAAGUGAAUUACAUAAGUUGGAAAGAGAACCAGUCCAAGAUAUUCAGAAUGUGCUGAAAAUAAGUUAUAAUGGAUUAGAUCGUACACAAGGAGAGAUAUUCCUAGAUAUUGCAUGCUUCUUUAAAGGGCAAGACAAAGAUUUUGUUUCAAGAAUAUUAGAUGGUUGUGAUUUAUAUGCAGAGAGCGGAUUCAGCGUUCUAUGUGAUAGGUCUCUUAUAACCAUUUUAGACAAUAAGAUACAUAUGCAUGAUUUGAUUCAACAGAUGGGUUGGCAUAUUGUUCGUGAACAAUAUCCUAAAGAGCCUGGCAAAUGGAGUAGAUUGUGGGAGCCUAAGGAUGUCUUUCAUGUAUUAACAAGAAAUACGGGGACAAAAGCAAUCGAAGGGAUAUUUCUAGAUAUGUCAACGUCAAAACAGUUGCAAUUUACUACUAAAGCUUUCAAAAGGAUGAAGAUGCUUAGAUUACUCAAAGUCCAUCGAGAUGCUAAGUAUGAUUCUAUUGUAAACUCCUUGACGCCUGUGGAACCUUCUAAAGUGCUCCUUUCUCAAGAACACUUUUGUAGGGACUUUGAGUUUCCUUCUCAAGAGUUGAGAUAUCUCCAUUGGGAUGGAUACCCUAUGGAAUCUUUACCAUCAAAUUUUUAUGCAGAGAAUUUGGUAGAACUCAACUUGCGGUGUAGCAACAUAAAGCAACUUUGGGAAACAGAGCUUCUUGAAAAGUUAAAGGUCAUCGAUCUUAGUCAUUGUCAGCAUCUCAACAAAAUUCCAAACCCCUCAAGUGUACCAAAUUUGGAGAUACUAACUCUUAAAGGGUGCAUAAACCUUGAGACUCUUCCGGAAAACAUGGGUAAUAUGGAAAAUCUAAGACAGCUUUACUUAAAUUAUACAGCUAUACUAAACUUACCAUCAUCAAUCGAACACCUGAAAGGACUUGAGUACUUGAGUUUAGAAUGGUGUGAUAACCUCAUAACUGUCCCUCAAAGUAUUUUUAAUUUGACGGCUCUUAAAUUUCUCAGUUUUAGCUGCUGUUCGAAGCUUGAAAAGUUGCCUGAGGAUUUGAAGAGCUUGAAACGUUUAGAGACGCUUUCUUUACACGGUCUCAAUUGUCAACUGCCUUCUGUGUCAGGUUUAUGCUCCUUAAGAGAAUUAUAUCUAAGUGAGUCAAAUCUAACACAAGGAGUAAUCCAGAGCAAUAAUUUGUUGAACUCAUUGAAAGAAUUAAAGUUGGGCAGAAGCAAUGUAAUUGACAAAGGGAUCCUCAUUCAUAUUUGUCACCUAUCAUCGUUGGAAGAACUGUACCUAAAUCAUUGCAAUCUAAUGGACGGAGAAAUUCCUAGUGAAGUUUGUCAACUAUCAUCAUUGAAAGUAUUAGAUCUGAGCUGGAAUGAUUUUAGUAGCAUACCUGCUAGCAUCAGUCAACUUUCUAAGCUGAAAGCCCUUGGGUUGAGUCACUGCAGGAACCUUCAACAAAUUUCAGAGCUUCCAUCAACUCUACAAUUUUUAGAUGCACACAAUUCACAUUUUACUUUAUCAGGUCCAUCGUCAUUUUUACCAUCAUCAUUUUCAGAGUUUCAGGAUUUGGUAUGUGGUAGUUCAUUUCAAUUAUAUUUAGAUGAUUCUUACUCCUAUUUUGAAGAGGGAGUCAGUAUUUUUUUUCCUGGAAUUAGUGGAAUUCCAGAGUGGAUAAUGGGUGAGAAUAUGGGAAAUCAUGUAACUAUAGAUCUUCCUCAGGAUUGGUAUGAGGACAAGGACUUCUUGGGAUUUGCUUUAUGCUCGGCUUAUGUUCCUCCUGAUGACCAAUCUGGGAAUGGAUCUGCCUAUAAAUUUGAUAGCAAAUCUAAGGAUGAAGAUCAAUCUCCUUGUAGUUUACAUUGUAAUUUGACUUUCCAUGGUGAUCAAUCUGCAUUCUCGAUUUAUCCGUCCUUAUCAUCCUUGUGUGAAUGCUGUGAAAAUGAUGGUGCAUCAGGUCAAGUGUGGGUGUUGUAUUAUCCAAAGUUUGCCAUUGAGGAAAAGUAUCACUCCAAUAAGUGGGGGCGCUUGAAGGCUUCAUUUCAUGGUUACUUCAAUGGUAUGCCGAUGAAAGUGGAGAAGUGUGGGAUGCAGCUCAUAUAUGCCAAAAAUGAUGAGUAUAACCGUCCUACACUGAUACAACACAAUGAUUCUAGUAGGCCUCUUAUACGUUAUAUGUAUUCCAGAAGAGGUAGGAAAAGUGUACUGCCACCUGGCAGUUAGUUGUAACAGUCUUAAUACAGGCUGUGUAACAGUCUUGGUACGGGCUGGUAUAGCUUAAAUAGGAAAAAGAUGGAAUUAGUUUGGAGCUGGCUGUUCUGUGAGUCUGGUGGGAGAGUGAUAGCCUCUCGAAUGGCUAUCUUUGUAUCAGUUUGGCCCUUUUCUUGAAAUUUUUGAAAUUCAAUAAUAUCACCAAUAAUUUUUUCUCCAUUAGAUACCCCUAUCGGAUUCUCAAGAGAAUUUGGGUGACCAAAGAUCAACAGUAGAGGAUGUGAAUGUUAAUGAUCGGAGAAGUUGUGAUGAUAAUGCAAUACACGAAUGGUAAUGAUCCUGGCAUGAAAGAUGAUGAACAGAACCAUAUGCCUAGGUGGUUGAAUCUUCUUUUUAACAUUAUUGAAUGCAUAUGCUGUGGAAGACAAUAAUGUCAAUUACUGAUGUCAAGCUUUCAACUCUAUCUUUGUUGUGCAGGAGCUUGAUAUUUCUGAGUAUGUGGGAGCCUACCUUCCUUACUACAGAAUGAGUGGGAGGUGAUCGUGUCUAGGCUUGAUAUCCUUCAAUACACAUUUUUAUUUGCAAUAUGUGAGGCCUGAUUGAUGAUGUGGAGCAGGGUUCAUCCAUCUCUAUAUUGGAUUCGGUCUCAGAUCCCCGAAAUUAUCAAAAAUGGGGACAAAGGUGUUGGUGAUUAGAUUGGUGAUACUGAUGAAAUAGAUGCAGAAGCAUUUGACAAAGCAUAUGUCACUGGAGCUUGCAUUUCCCUUGUUGAAAAGUGUACGUGUAAGUGGCCUCCGGUAUUGGCCUUAAGUAAUAGAGAUUGUUCAUGAAGAUAAACCAUGGUGGAGUUCUGGAGAUGAGAAUAACCCUUUUAAUUUUGGUAUGCUGUAUAUCAAGUGGAAGGUUGGAGCUUGUUCGCAUGUGGAUGGCCCCAUAGGAUAUCAAUCAUUACUGUCAUGAACAAUGCACAACGUUGUGGUGACAAUUUAUUUUACUAUGGUUGAUCUGAUGUUGGUUUCCAGGCAUUUUGCUUGCAAGUAUCAGUUGAAUGUGUGAGCAAGGACAGACCAGCUCUUCUACAGGGCGAGGGAAUGUGACAAUUUAAGGCUAUUAGUAAGGAUGGAGCGGGACGGAUUUUAUCAGGUCUCACGUGUUGUGGGCAUAAGCCUGAAGAAAACAAAUGUAACCGCUGUGGAUAGAGUGUCAAGGAGGACACAAUGAUGCCUGGUGACCAGAGCAGAGGCAAGAAGAAAAAGAAGGCAGUGGAAGAGACUAGGGCUCUUUCAUGGCAGGAGAAGAAGGAGCUCGCUGAUAGAGAAGAAGAGGAUUUAGAAAAAGAAGUGGAACAACUCAUUACAUGGACCAAUAUGAUCGAUGUGAUGGAUGAUGACCAGCUCAAGGAAUACUUGAAGAACCGACCAGACGAUUUGAAAACUGUGAAGACAAAGGCAGCGCCAAGCAAAAGACUGCAGAGAACUGGGAAACCUAAAAGUUCUACUACCAAUACAAUCAUGGCUUCAGUAUGGAAGUUUCAUAAAGAAGAUGGUGAAGAAGCAUCAACCCCAGUGCCUAAAACUUAGGAUUUGUGUGAGUAAGAUAUAACAGUGAGUAGCAUUUUAUUUGUGUUUGUAAAAAAGCUAGUUAUGAAUUUGGUGAUGUGAUGUGUGAUAUAAUAUCCUUUAGCAAUGAGUUUGGUGGGAUAUCAAAUUUUUAAAAAUUGUUAGUGUGUUUUUUGGGAGUGAUUAUUAUUAAAAAUAAAUGUUGAAGUAUC